CUUUCUCCAGAGGUAAUGCUUUUUGGGAUAGGCAUAUUGGGCAUUGAAGAGUGAAUGUGGAACAUGGACGGCAGGUUUCAAAAGAUCAGCAAGAUUGGCGGUGAUGAGACCGAGCUCAGACGAGGCCCUUGGACUCUCGAGGAGGACACAAUUCUUAUUCAUUAUAUUGCUUCUCAUGGGGAGGGGCGUUGGAAUAUGCUGGCGAGGUGCUCAGGACUUAAGAGAACGGGUAAAAGUUGCAGAUUGAGGUGGCUUAACUAUUUGAAGCCUGAUGUUAAACGUGGUAACCUUACACCGGAAGAACAGCUCUUGAUCUUAGAGCUCCAUUCUAAGUGGGGAAACAGGUGGUCAAGAAUAGCACAGCAUCUGCCGGGGAGAACAGACAAUGAGAUCAAGAACUACUGGAGAACAAGGGUGCAGAAGCAGGCUCGACAGCUACAGUGUGAUGCAAACAGCCAGAGGUUCCGCGAGACGAUCCGCUGCUUCUGGAUGCCGCGUCUGCUCCAGAAGAUCUCCACACCCUCCAUGAAUGGCAGCUCUGCAGCGUCAAGCUCCCCACAAGUCAUGGAGACACCCCAACCUUCAUCAUCAUCAUCCCUCACCAUGUGUGCACCUGAGGAAGCCAACAACAAGGUUACCACAGUGAACUUCUCAGGAUACAGUGGAGUGACCAACCAAGGGAACGUCAGUUCAGAUUCUCAACUGCCCACAGUUUCAGAAUUCCCAACAAGUCCCCACAGCCCGUUAUCCAGAGGUUGUUACUUCAAUGACUGUUAUGAUCCAUUGAACACCAUGGCUGCCCCAAGUUGGAAUGAUGCAGUCCCUGACUGCCCAUUGGGUGAGAGCACCUGGUUUGAUGACUACAUGUCAGAUGGCCUAUGGAACAUGGAUGAGUUUAUGUAUGUAACACAGUACCAGAAUGGCCUCUAAAUGGUCCUCUUCUGCGGCUGAUAGAAGUUAACUACAGUAAAAAUAUGU